UUGGAUGGGGUAGGCUAUACCUUUUCAUUAUAUAUCUUUAUAUCAAUAUAAAGGUGAUUUAUAUCAUUAUAUAUCUUUUCACUUUUGUAUAUUCUUGCAAUAUUAUCUGACACAUUAUUGGAUUUUAAGCGUAUAUUGAAUGAGCUAAUGAGUGAUUGCUUUAAAUCACGUCCAUUUUUACAGGUUCCAUUUGGUCUCUUGCUGGAGCCAUGCUCUAUGCUGUCUAUAUUGUUAUGAUUAAGAGAAAAGUAGAUAGAGAAGACAAGUUGGAUAUUCCAAUGUUCUUUGGUUUUGUAGGUUUGUUUAAUCUGCUGCUCUUAUGGCCAGGUUUCUUUUUACUUCAUUAUACUGGAUUUGAGGACUUCGAGUUUCCCAAUAAAGUAGUAUUAAUGUGCAUUAUCAUUAAUGGCCUUAUUGGAACAGUACUCUCAGAGUUCCUGUGGUUGUGGACCUUUCAUAUGGGUGAGCCAGAUAUGUAAACCUUAAACUGUGAUUGAUUUGAGAUGUUAACAUACUUUGAUAUGCUGUAUAUCCAAUAUACUGAUAUGCGAUAAUAAACUUAAAAUAGUUUGAAGACAGUAUCAUGUAUGGAGUUUGAGAGACCUUUCAAAUAACAGAGCUUUAUACUUAGUCCUAUUUUUAUUUAAUAGAAAUUUGAAAUGAAUAGAAUGAAUAAAACAUAAGUGAAUAAAAUGAAUUUUAUUACAUACCCAUUGAAACUGUUAACUAGUUUUCCCUUGCAAAAGACUGCAACAGAAAUAGACUUUUUUGUGGAGUCUUCCUUAAUGCUCUGCCUAUAGUGCUGUGUCUCCCUGCCCAGUUAAGAAAUACCUAUU